AUGUUUCGAGCUUCUCCGAUGCUGAGACGCCUUGUCAUUCAGGAUGACAUUGCAACGCUUCUUCGACAUGUUAACCAACCCUCGUCAAAGCCGACCAUCGAACUUCCGAAUCUUAAGCAUCUGGAAGUCCAAGUCCAUCGUGUCCGUGACGAGCGAGCAGAUGUCGCGGGGCUCAUUGGGAUCUUCGAUUUUCCGUCGUUGGAAACGUUAAUAAUCAGGAAUAUCUGGCAAGAGGAAUGGAGCGCGAUCACCUAUCGUUACCAGCUCCCGGAAGAUCCACUAGACUUCACUUCCCCAAGCAGUUCCAAUGUCUGGCGACGUAACCGCAGAUCCUUGAUGCAUCCCCACGCCAAAUCGUUCCCUUUCCUUACGUCACUCAACGUUGUGUUUGCCACCUCUCCAAAAAAAGUGGGAGCGGCAUCCAGACGGCACAUUCGCCUUGAGGCGGACAUUGUACUAUUUCCUUCCUUCAUUGUGUCUCUAGGCGCUCAGUAG